GACGAUAGUGAGCGUCACUGUGAUUCUGGGAGCCCACCACAUAAGUAGCCAAGAACCAAGCCAGCAGGAGAUCCCUGUUGAAAAAUGGGUCAUUCAUCCUCAAUAUUCCCGUAAAGGCUACAAAAAUGACAUCAUGCUGCUGAAGCUGAAGAAAAAAGCCAAGAUCAAUGAGUAUGUGCAAUGUAUCUCCAUUGCCAAGGCAAAUGAACAUGUGAGAGCAGGAGAUUUAUGCACGGUGUCUGGCUGGGGCCGGACAUCUCUGUACCCGCCGCCGAGUGAUGUCUUGAGAGAGGUGGAACUGAAAGUGCAAAAGGAGAAGAUCUGUCAGCAGGUUUUCCUUUACUAUCAGCCUCACUCUAUGAUCUGUGUUGGUGAUGAAAACAAUAAAAAAGCAUCUUACAAGGGUGAUUCUGGUGGCCCAUUAGUC